CCACACUCUCGGCAGCCUUUCUUUAUUCUGUCGCCUGCUGGCAUUUACUUGUUCACAAGCGCUUCACAUGUGCUCGCAAACUGUUCUCCCCGGCAAUCUCUAGAAUCGAGCUGCAGGCUGAGCGCAUAGAGCAAGCAGCGCAACGACAACCUCUCACCAUGCCUGCACCACCACCGCCGCCUCCUCCGCCGCCGCCCCCGAUGCCUGCUGGCAUGGCCGGAGGUCCUCCUCCGCCGCCCCCUCCACCAGGCCCAGCUCCAUCGAAUACCCCGGCAAGACCUUCUAAAGCGGAAGUGAAAGGCAGAGGAGCUCUACUGGGAGACAUUGAAAAGGGCACGCGACUCAAGAAGGUGGGAGUUGUUAACGACAGGUCCGCACCCAUAAUCGACAAGCCCAAAGACUCGGGCGGACCACCUGUGGGCGGUGCGCCGCCCAUACCUGGAGGCCUACGACCGCCUGCGCCUCCGGGCGCAAACAGAGCGAGAAGCAAUAGCGACCAGACAUCAAAUCCAGGAGCGGGAGCAGCUAUGGAGAGUGCACCUCAAUUAGGAGGGUUGUUCGCGGGAGGAAUGCCCAAGUUGAAGAGCAGAGGUGGUGGCGUGAACAUAUACGACUCGGACCCAGAAACGAAUUCGAAAAAGAGUCCUCCUGCAGCACAAGCGCCAGCAACACCGAAACCAAAUGGACAACCGCCUCCUAGGCCUGGUGCUGCGCCUCCUCCUUUGCCUCGAGGAGCAGCACCCACGAUACCCUCUGUGGCUGCAUUGAAGAAUAAUCUGCGUCCGAUGAGCACACAUUCAUUACCAGACAUUGCGCAAAGUAAACCGAAGCCUCCACCUCCAAUAGGCAAAAAGCCCCCGAUCCCACCUCCUGCUUCGCGGAAACCAUCAGCACCUUCAACAGCACCUCCUCCUCCUCCACCUAUGCCAGGAAGUGCUCCCAGACCUCCGCCCGCACCUAUAAGUAGACCUACGCCUUCGCCUCCCAGUGCUCCGCCAGCGCCUCCACCGCCUCCAGCUCCAGCAUCAAGGAUUGCGAGCGUGGUGGAGAAUGACAAUGAAGAAACGAGCUUAGCAGAACAAGCAGCACGCAAUGCUUUUGGCGCGAAUCGAACAGCAUCGCCCGCUCCCAGUCGACCUGCUCAGCAUGCUCCCCCUCCUCCGCCUACGACGCGAGCGCGGAACAAUUCAGUACCUUCGGCACCUCCUCCUCCCGCGCCAGCUCCUCCGCCACCGAAAGCGAGCACGCCAGGCGGAAUUCCGACAGCCGGUGGCAUUAGCAUAGGAACUCCUGGGGCCGCACCAAGGAUGAACACCAUGGACCCCUCAGCCUACACGUUGACAAAUGGUACCCGUGAUCGAGCGGAUUCCGGCGCUCGGAGUGCAGGCCCGAGAGCGGCCAUUCAGGAUAGCAGGUUCAAGUUCCAGAGCGACGACCAAUUGCCUAAGCCACGAGAAUUCAUUGGUGGACCGAAGAGAUACAGAGCUGGACGAGGCAGUUCAGUGCCGCUAGAUUUGGGGGCAUUCGAGUGACAAGUGUCCGAGGACUUGCAGCCCAAGUCUGCAGCCUGGGAAAUUAUGGGAAGCGGCAUGGGUCUCGAAUGAGACGAGGGAAAGACAAAUGCGUGCUGUUGAUGCAACGCAGGAGAGGAAGUGUGCUUUUUGGUUAUUGCAGCGUUCAAGCGGGUGUCUAAAUGCAUACUUUUCACAAUUCCCUUUGAGAAGGGACUUGCCAGCGCUGACUAGCAGCAUUGUAUGUAUCUCUACGCUGCUAGUGUAUCCGAACCUCGAGAGGAAGUAGCGAAGACAAGACCAUGUCAAAUC